GCCAUAAUAUCUUAUCAGCUAUGGAGUUUUGCAUCUGAUUCUCAGCUACUGCAUUCCUAUCUAGUUAAAAGAAUUUCAUGGCUUCCAUUCUUCUCAAAUUUCAUAUGCAACCCUUUACAACUACUAAUCUGUCAACUGAAUUUCUGCAAAAUAAUAUUCUGUUCUCUUCUCUUUCAUCUCCUAAAAUCCACCAUCGAAGUCUUGAUACUCGAGUAUCUUUCUUCCCCUUCCACGAUGAUCGCUUCCACAGGCCCAAAAUUCCCUCUCUAUCCAUUCACUCUUCCCUAUCUUCCUCUACCCCACCUGCAUCCAAAGAAGAAGCCAUCCUUCAAGCCAAAACCUGCCUCUCAGCAACACUGGAAAAGCCCCUCAACAACCCCAAACUUGCUGGGAAACUCAAGAAACUGAAGCAACCCAGAUUCCAAGUCGAAAUCCCAGUCAUCGAUGACUCGCCAACAUCCCUCUCCCAACUUGCUCUUGAUGUUUUUGGAGAGCUACCCAUUAAAAGAAAGGGCUUCAGGAUCAAGAUUCUAAUACUCUGGCCAAGCCCCACAUUAAAAAACAUUGCAGUUGAAGCAUUUCAAUCUCAUUCAUCUAACAAUGUUGAGCAUUUUGACAUAUCUUCAGUUAUAAAUGGUGAAAACAGAUUCUUGGGCUCUACUGAGAUAGCUGUGUUUUUGGCGCCAGAGAGUUCACAAUUGGCAGCUAUAAAAACCAUUACUGACAGUUUGUACCCAAAGCCAGUGGUGAUAUUCAACCCAAGAUGGGGUUUUGAAGAGGAGAGCGAUUUUGGUGAUUUGAGUGGCUUUGCAGGCUCUUUUGAGGUGAUAUAUUCAUUUGUAGGGUUGGAGGUGAGAGGUGUUCUGAGCAAGCGAAGAGGAGUGGUUUUCAAGUGUGUGAGAGAUGGGGUUGUGAGUGGUGAAAGAUGGACAGUUCUUGUUGAAGAAGAAGGAGAAUUGAAAGUUGUUUCAAGAUUCAAGACCCGGCCAUCCAUAGGUGAGGUUGAGAAUGUUUUGUAUAAUUUGAUGGCAAUUAAUUCGCCAAUAACAAAAUCUGCCAAGUUUUUAAAAGAUUUGGUGUCAAAUGUAACAGGAAGAAAGAAUUAGGGAAUGGGGAUAUUGAUUUUGAUACAUGUUUUUCUUUUUAUAUGAUUGAAAUUUUCUUA